AUGGGUCGUGACACCUGGUUAACAGUGGUAUCUACUGCUGUGGCAACAGUAGGCAUAAUAGAGUGUCUCCGUUACUUUUAUCAUCAACAGAAACAACAGGGACGACAACCAUCACUUGAUGCUAAUCAAGGCUCGCGCCAUUCUGAAGAGUUGAUUCAAGAACAAUUGGCUAGAAAUUAUGCUUUCCUUUCAGCCGAAGGAAUGAGUAAAGUCCGCGAACAGCAUAUUGUGGUAGUAGGGGCUGGAGGAGUUGGUUCUUGGACCGCUACUAUGCUUGUUAGAAGUGGAGUAUCUAAAAUUAGAAUCAUUGAUUUUGAUCAAGUAUCACUUAGUUCAUUGAACAGACAUGCAGUAGCCACAUUGGCAGAUGUUGGUACUUCCAAAGUUGAAUGUCUUAAACAGCAUCUAUUAAAGAUUGCACCUUGGUGUGAUAUUGAUGCUUGCAAUCAACUUUGGUCAUUAGAGACUUCGGAACAACUCAUCUUUGGUGAUGAUUUCAAGCCUACUUUUGUGGUAGAUUGCAUUGAUAAUAUCGAUACCAAAGUCGACUUGUUACACUACUGUCAUGAGAAUAAGGUACCUGUCAUUAGUUCUGGAGGGGCAGCAUGUAAAUCUGAUCCUACUCGGAUUAAUAUAGCGGAUAUUUCAAAGACUGAAGAAGAUCCCUUGGCUCGAUCUGUUCGGAUUAAAUUAGGUAAGAAAGGUAUAACCCGUGGGAUUCCAGUUGUAUUUUCUGCAGAGAAACCUGAUCCUAGAAAGGCUAAGUUACUACCAUUAGAUGAAGAAGAAUUGGCUAAGGGGGACGUUGAUCAAUUAUCGGCUCUUCGGAACUUUAGAGUACGAAUCUUACCAGUUCUUGGUACCAUGCCUGGAGUUUUUGGUCUUACUAUAGCCACAUACAUAUUAACAGUGAUCAGUGGGUAUCCAAUUGAACCGGUCGAAGGGAAAAAUAGACUCAAAAUAUACGAUAGUGUUUAUCAGUCACUUUCAGGACAAGAAGCUAGAUUGGGCAAUUUGGAUAAUAGAGUUCCCAUCGCAUUAAGAGAGGUUCCAUAUAUAAUAGACGAAGUGUUCAGAGGCAAAUCUCCAAUAUCAGGAUUCUCCACUCGAUUAACCCUUUCAAGAUGGAAUCCGGAUAAACCUCUUAGUUUCCAGAACAUUGUGGUGAUGACUAAAGAUGAACAAAAGACUCAUGAAGAACGAGUAUUAAAGGGAGGCGAGCGUCUUGAAGAUGUUUAUUCUGCAGAGGUCAUUGAGAGAGUUAAGGGUAGGUUUAAAGAUGAAGAGUACUUCUCACAAUUUAGAUAG